ACAAAAUUAAAAUCUUAGAACAAACUACUAUAUAUCAUGACAACCACCUAUUAGUUGUUAAAUUUCCACCAAAAUCUCACCUGUCCAUACAUUUCGGAUUCAUCACAAAACACUUGUCACCACUCUCAUAAACCAAGAAUCAUAAUCAAGCACGUGUCUUUCUCUAAUGAAACAUUUUCCAUUUCACUCCUUUAUAUGCAUUUUCUUCAGGCUGAGAGAGUGUGUGAGAGUGUGUUCUGUGCAAGGUAAAUGACAUUGGUUAUUAGAGAGAGGAGACACAAGCAAGCUCUAACACUUUCCUUGCCAAAACCUAAGAUUCCACCCUCUGAUUUCCCAUACCAAACUCACACACCACCAUUGUUUUCAUCACCAUCCUCUCAUUUAAUAAACUCUUGUUCAUACAUCAGAAACAUUUCAGACCUUGAGAAAGUAGCAGUACUUGGCCAUGGCUAUGGUGGAACUGUCUACAAAGUCCAUCACAAGGAAAACCAUUCCUUCUAUGCAUUGAAAGUGAGACGCUUCAAGACACUCGAGGCUGAGAUUCUCAAACGAGUGGAUUCCCCAUAUAUAGUGAAGUGUCAUGCAGUUUUUGACAAUGGUGCUUGCAGUGAAUCUGAUAACAAUGGAGGUGGUGAUCUCAGCUUUGUCAUGGAAUACAUGGAACGAGGGUCACUGGAUGAUGUCUUGAGAGAACAUCACAGAUUGCCAGAGGAGGUGAUCUCUGUCAUGGCUAACCGUGUCUUGGAAGGGCUUAAGUACUUACAUGGCAUGAAAAUUGUGCAUAGAGAUAUUAAACCUUCAAACUUGCUUGUGAAUGAUAAAGGGGAGGUGAAAAUUGCAGAUUUUGGAGUGAGUCAUGUAGUGGAAGAGGAAGCUGACUCCAAUGAUGGCACAUAUGCAUACAUGAGCCCUGAGAGAUUCGAUCUUUCGAGAUGGGGUGGUGAAAAUGUUGAUGAGUUUGCAGGAGAUGUGUGGUCUUUGGGAGUGGUGAUGUUGGAAUGCUUUUUAGGCCAUUUCCCCUUCAUUGAUCCAGGGCAAAAACCAGAUUUGGUAACUUUGGUGUGUGCAAUUUGCUUUGGUGAGAAGUUGGAGAUGCCGGAGGAGGCGUCCCCGGAGUUUCAAAGUUUUGUGAAGAGGUGUCUUGAGAAGGAUUGGAGGAAGAGAGCAACUGUGUUGGAGCUUCUUCACCACCCUUUUGUGAACAGAAACUGUUGCUGUUCUAGUAGAGGGUUGGAAGAUUGUGUUCUUUGUGGCUGAAGUUCACUGGAUUUUUCUCUAGUGUUUUAGUUUCCCAAUUUUGUUCUGAGGUUUUUAACUUGGUAGCUUUUAUUGUUUCAAACCAUCAUGAAAGAAUUUUUUGCAAUUUACAUCAAUAAUGUCAUAUAGGAUGACCAAAGUUUAUGAAAGUUUUUGCUGAUUUUCAUUAUCAAAAAACCAAUGGCAAACCGUGAAUCGUUCGAGUACCAAAAGUCCAAAAUGAUUAUUUACACUCAAAUUUUUAUACAAAUCCUUAUUCGCAUUAUUCAAAUAAUUAUAAAUAGGUAAAAUUU